AUGGAGAAGCACGAGAAAGGCGGGCUCGAGUGCUCGGCGAGCCAUGGCGACGACGUCGAGGCGACCCAGCCGCCGACGGGCACCGAGUUCAGCCUCGCCGGCCAGCACGACGAGCUCGCCCGCGGCCUCAAGAGCCGGCACAUCCAGUUCCUCGCCCUCGGCGGCGCCAUCGGCACGGGCCUCUUCGUCGGCUCGGGCGGCAUCCUCAGCAGCACGGGCCCGGCGCCCCUCUUCAUGGCCUACCUGUCCAUGAUGCUCAUCGUCUGGGUCGUCAUGAACAACCUCGCCGAGAUGGUCGUCUACCUGCCCCUGCGCGGCAUCACGGUGCCCUACUUUGUCGGCCGCUUCGUCGACCCGAGUCUGUCCUUUGCCUGCGGCUGGAACUACUGGUACGCCUACGCCAUCCUCGUCGGCGCCGAGGCCUCGGCCGCCGGCAUCGUCAUCGAGUACUGGCAACUGCCCGUCAACAUCGCCGUCUGGAUCACCGUCGUGCUCGCCGUCAUGCUGCUGCUCAACAUCGUCGCCGUCGGCUACUUUGGCGAGGCCGAGUUUUGGUUCGCCAGCAUCAAGCUCAUCACCAUCUGCGGCCUCAUCAUCCUCGGCAUCGUCAUCUUCUUCGGCGGCGCGCCCCGCCAGGACGGCGUCCUCGGCUUCCACUACUGGAACGCGCCCGGCGCCUUCGUCCAGUUCAAGGACGUGCCCGGCGGCGCCGGCCGCUUCCUCGGCUACUGGCACGCCUUUGUCAAGGCCGGCUUCGCCUUCAUCACGUCGCCCGAGCUCAUCGCCAUCGCCGCCGGCGAGGCGGUGGCGCCGCGCCGCAACAUCCCCAAGGCGGCUCGCCGCUUCGUCUGGCGCCUCGCCGUCUUCUACGGCCUCUCGUCGCUCAUCAUCGGCAUCCUCGUGCCCUCGGACGAGCCGACGCUGCUCGGCAAGGCCAACGCGAGCGCCUCGCCCUUUGUCAUCGGCAUCACGCGCGUCGGCAUCCCCGCCCUCAACCACAUCAUCAACGCCGCCAUCCUCACGUCGGCCUGGUCGGCCGGCAACUCGUUCCUCUACUCGGGCAGCCGCGUCCUGUACUCCAUGUCCCUCACGGGCCAGGCGCCCGCCUGCUUCGCCGCGACGAACCGCAACGGCGUGCCCUACCUCGCCGUCCUCUUCACCUGGUCCAUCGGCCUGCUGGCCUACCUCAACGUGUCCAACACGGGCGCCGUCGUCUUCAACUGGUUCGUCAGCAUCUCGACGACGUCGGGCUUCAUCGCCUGGAUCGCCGUCAUGGUCACCUACCUGCGCUUCCGCCGCGCCAUGGAGUUCAACCGACUGCUCGACGCCCUGCCCUACAGGACGGCGCUGCAGCCGUACGCGACGUACGCGGCCGUCGUCGUCGUGCUCCUGCUCACCCUCACCAACGGCUUCCACACCUUUAUGCCCUCGUUUGCCGUCAAGGACUUUGUCGCCUCGUACGUCACCCUGCCCAUCUUCCUCGGCCUCUACCUCGGCCACAAGCUGUGGUUCCGCACGCCGCUCUGCAUUCCCGUCGACCAGAUCGACGCCAUCUCCGGCAAGAAGGAGAUGGACGAGCUCGAGGCGACGGACAAGGAACGCGUGCCGAGGAACUGGAUGCAGAAGAUGUGGUACUGGGUCGCCUGA